GCUUGCGGCCUGUGUGGUUUGGGUGAGUGCCUUGGGCUCCCUGAGUCUGGGGUCUCCCUCUGUAGCGCCGCCUUCCACACAGGCCUUUGUGAGCUCUCGCCGAGGUGACGCGGGUAGCUCGGGGGUCGGCGCGCGGCUGUCACUCUGCGUGCCGGGCGCGGGAGGGAAGGAGGCAGACCCGGCCGCAGGCCCACCCUGCAGCGGCCCGAACGAGUCCCCGGCGCUGGGCAGUCGCGGCCCUCAGCCUCAGGGUCUGAGCCCCGCCAGCACCUCCCCCCGGAGACCGUUGCAGUCGGCCAGCUCCUGCUCCACGGUAACCAUGUGCGACCGAAAGGCGGUGAUCAAAAACGCGGACAUGUCGGAAGAGAUGCAACAGGACUCGGUGGAGUGCGCUACGCAGGCGUUGGAGAAGUAUAACAUAGAAAAGGACAUUGCGGCCCACAUCAAGAAGGAGUUUGACAAGAAGUACAACCCCACCUGGCACUGCAUCGUGGGGAGGAACUUCGGUAGUUAUGUGACACAUGAAACCAAACACUUCAUCUACUUCUACCUGGGUCAAGUGGCCAUUCUUCUGUUCAAAUCUGGUUAAUAGCAUGGACUGUGCCACAAACCCAGUGAUCCAUCCAAAAACAAGGACUGCAGCAUAAAUUCCAAAUACCAGAGACUGAAAUCUUCAGCCUUGCUAAGGGAACACCUCGAUCUUUGAACCUUUAUUGUGUUUUGUACAGGGCAUUUCUCUGUACUAGUUUGUUGUGGUUAUAAAACAAUUAGUAAAACAGCUUAUGUUUGUAUUUAUUUUCUAUUCCAUACUUCUGUGCCCCAUGUUUUUUUUUCCCUUAAUCCAUUCCUUUAAAAAAUAAAUCUGUUUGAGAUGU